AUGAAGAGGCGGCGGGGGAGGCCGCGCAAGGCGUCGAGGGGCCGCCACGAGACCGGCCGCCGCAAACCCCGAGGCCAGUCCCCGGACCGCGGGCCGUCGCGGCCGUCGCCGGGCCGCACAGGGCCGCCUGAGGUGUUUGAGAAGCUGUGGGUGCCCUGGAAUGGGCUCGUCGUGGUCGGAAAGAGAAUGGAGCUCCUGGGUAGAAACACGCAGAAGCCGAAGCUGGAGGCUGACGACUGGAGGCUGGAGGGCGUGGAAAGGACGGCCUCGAGAGACCAGCCAGGCCUGACCCAGGAGAGGCAGGAUUUGACGCCCGUGCGCCGCGUCUCCAGUGCCCUGCAGGCCCGCGCGGGCCUGGGGAGGGACAGUUCACAGGGGAAGGGGGAAACGCCAGAGGUCAAACACAGAACUGGGGCAGAAUCCGAGAGCGCAGGGACGUUAGCAGGGCCUAGGAAGGGCCACAAGGCCAAGGAGAGGUUGAAGUUUGUUGAGGCGGUGGAAUUCCGUGGAGAGGACUUGAGAGCGUCAGUAUUUACAAUAAAGCAGGAGGGGGAGAUGCUGAGGCCAAAUGGGAAGAAGCUGAGUUUGAGUGGAGAGAGUUUGAGGUUGAGUGGAGAGAAGCUGAGUUUAGGUGAAGACAAGCUGAGGUUGAGUGGAGAGAAGCUGAGGUUGAGUGGAGAGAACCUGGGGUUGAGUGGAGAGAAGCUGAGUUUAGGUGAAGACAAGCUGAGGUUGAGUGGAGAGAAGCUGAGUUUAGGUGAAGACAAGCUGAGGUUGAGUGGAGAGAAGCUGAGGUUGAGUGGAGAGAAGCUGAGGUUGAGCGGAGAGAAGCUGAGGUUGAGCAGAGAGAAGCUGGUGUCCAGCCGGGAGAACCCGCCUACCAGUGGAGAGAUGGUGACAGCCGGUGUAGAGACACAGGAGUCGGGUGGAGAGAGGCAGUUGUCAUUGGGAAGAGAGAGGCGGGAGUCCUGGGAAGAGAGGCGGGGGUCUAAGGGGAUUAGGAGAGAGAGACAGGGGUCCUUGGCAGAAAAGGUGCUGUUUAAGGGAGACAGGCGAGGAUCCAAGGGAGGGAAGUUGGGGCUUAGGGGAGAGAAGCAGACGGCCACGGAGGAGAAGAGAGGCAGCAGUGACGAGAGGGGGCGCUUAAGAAUGGGGAGCAUAGAUGAGGAGCAGGUGGAAAGAGUGGUAGAAUUUACCAGUGAUGGAAAGUUCGUAGCUGCUGACGAUACGGAGACGGAAAUUCUGGCUGACAGGACUGAGGAGAAGGAUGAACCUGGGGGGAUGGCAGAUGCAGUGAAAGCUGAGGAGGUGGCGGAAGUUAAGGAAGAGGUGGAAGCCUAGGAGGAGGGCUGGAAGCUGAGGAGGGCGUCUUGCCUGGAGGGAAAGACGCUCCGGGUGAAUCUGCCUCUGUGGAAGAGAGAGAGGCUACAGAUGAAGAGCCUGGUGAUUGACGCAGAUAAAGGAUUAAAGCUAAAGAAGGGAAGAGAAGCAGGUGGGGUGGUAUUGCAGGUCCAAGAGGAGAAAUCAGAGCCAAACAGAACAUUAUUGAUCCUGAAGGGGCAAAGAGAGCAAAGGCGAGCCUGUGUGCCAGAGAAGUAGGGGUGGGCGUGGAGACCCACGAGGGAUAAAAGUGGACCAAGGAAGUGAAGAGAGUGACGGAGAGUGCCGCGGGACCCCUGGAGGAGGAAGGAAAGAUUGGAUAAUGUGUACCAGGCAGAGGAAAACUGGGUACCGGUUACUUGGGGAAGAGCCGUGACUGAGGCCCCUGUGGGGAAAAGUGUGAGGCGUGGCUUUAGCGUGCGCUGGGAGCCUCGGGUCUGACGGUGACUGAGUGUGUGAGCCGGGGGAGGAUGCAGUGAGAAAGAGGGAAAGUCACAGCAAGAUAAAGGAGCGACAAUACGGGCUGGGGGCGGACCUGCAGGCCGAGGCCAGCGAAGGAGACCCUGGAGAAGAACGGGGCACUCAACGCGGAAAAGCCAGAAAACGGGAAGAAAAAACUUCAUUUAGGUCAAACACCAAACAUCAUCUAAUGACUUCUAGAGAAAGUAAUCAUGGAGGCCAACUUUGUGACACCUCAUCUGUCUGAAAGCAGAUUUUCCUCUCAUAUUUGAUUGCUGGUUUCCCUGGCAAUGGAACGGUCUGUCUUCCCGACAUCGUCCACUCCUGGCCUCGCUGCUGACUCAGUACUGAGCAGGCCCGAGAUCAAGACCAGGAGUGCUGGGGCCGGCCCGGGGCACACUGCAGGGCGUGCCAACAACAAGCUGCGCCAUCGGAUUCGUUCUGUGCCCAGAUCGCGUUUUCUCCCAGGAUCAGAUCAGCAGGUGCGUUCCACUGAGGCCGCAGGAAAGGUGGCAACCAGACAUCGAGACAAGUGCAGAUAUAUCCACACCAGCCUCCUUCCCGGAUGGAUACAAACACCUGGCUGAGCCUGGCCUCCUCCAUCACCAGGCAGAGGUGUGACUGAAGAGCUCUACACCGGGACUUGGGGACCAGGGUCCUUCAUGCCAACACAUCUCCCCACGUGAGCCUGGGUAGACAAAGGAACCUCUACCUUCCGCCGCCUUUUAGUACCGGAUGGAUGUGGAUAACAUGCGCCCCAAAGCUAGAACCAGGCCGCCCUGCCUGCCCCUGGCCGCACACCUGCACUGGGGCAGUGAGAGCAGGCAGCGCCUUCCCAGCCAGCUCUUCCCAGGAGAGGCAAGAACAAGAUCUUCGAGGCCGUAUCGUUCCUGCCUCCACGUGUCCUCCGGGGCCCAAAGCUGCCUUUGCGGACCUUUCUAAUCCAGCCUGGAAAGGGAGCUGCUGGCUUCCCACACUGGCAGAGCCAGGCUGGGGAAACGCCAGUCUCCCACACGGCAGCCAGGGCCCCCCGGGCCAGGGCUCUCCCUCACCAGAGCGAAGAGGGCGAAUUCUCACCAGCGCCCUGGAGGGGAGGCCCCGGCCAACAUCCAGGGGCCGCCCAGCAGGCUCCCCUCACCUGGACAGCGGCAGGGACAGACCGCCCAGAAGCCCUCCUCUGCCCUGGUGGGACAGCGCCUGGGGCCAGGGUCUCGCCAACACCCCCACUGUGGCCGCCAGAGCCCCGAUGGGGAAAGUCACCGGGACGCCAGGAAGUCAAUGGUUUGAACAAACGGAGUUUCUUUGUCCUUUGUAAAAGUCAACACAUGAUCUGUUCCUGAUUGGGAUGUGAAAUAAAACUAAAAAUA